AUGAAGUCUAGGCGCGAGUCGGGGCCAUCACCGCUGGGAUGUCCCUUUUGUGAUCGAACCUUUACGCGACAGGAACAUAGAGAGCGACACAUUCAUUCGCACACCAAGACAAAACCAUUUUCCUGCGAGGUUUGCAGGAGAAAGUUUGGUCGACGAGAUGUCUAUCAGCGACAUGUAAGAUCCCAGCAUCCUGAUCAAACCUCUCUCUUGGCAGGUGACAAGAAGCGGGGACAGGGCGCCUGCGACAGCUGUCAUAGCCGCAAAGUGAAAUGCAACUCGGCAGAACAUCCCUGCGAGCGAUGUCUUCGGGAAGGUGUCAAUUGCACGUUUCUACGCACUUUGGGUGACCAGGUCACUCGUGCCUCGUCCCAAAUCAACUCCGAUCAAGGAGGCUCAAUCCCUGGUCGAAGCUCCAAUGGAAAUUUCCUUCAUCUCCAAGAACCUCCCAGCAAUCCGGCUUGGCAUCAAGAUAUCAGCGGUAUUGCACCAGGGACAUUGCCUCCAUCCCCAACCGUCAACCUGUCGUUUCAAGAUGUCGGCUUUUCAGAAGAGUUUACCUCGGGACUACUGGACUUUGACUUCACACAAACAGCAUCAUAUUUUGACUUCAAUAUCCUGGAUCAAAUACCGCCAUUUCCCUCGCUGGACCUAUUACGAACCCCUCCAGUAUCUGGAAAGCCACCAGAGACACAGUCCUCGCGUAUAAAUGGUGCGUAUGCUCGGCUUCGGGCCUAUUCAUCCCCAACAGAUCUCUUGCGGCCUGCUUCUCCAGCAGCCAAGGCCGAUCAUGAAAGCUGGUUGCAUCGCCUAGGCAAAAAGCAGAAAGUGCAGUACGACCCACUCGUCAUUAAUGUGUUUCUCAACCUCUUCCGACUCCACGUGACUACAACCUUUCGAUGCUUUGAGGGCUUCGUAGUUACCGACACCACCCCUGUCGAGCUCUGGACGUCAAUGGCAUCUGUCGGAGCACUGUAUUGUAUGACGCCAGGUUCCAUAAAGAUUGCAAAGUCGCUUUAUAACCACGCACGUAUUGUACUUCUUUCAAAGGUACAUCACAGAAGACCUUCGCCCAACGAUGAUCAGUUGGGAAUCCUGCAGACAUAUAUGCUCCUCGAGCUGUUCGGAUAUUUGAGUGGCGACGAUAGGUUCCAUGAAAUUUCCGAGGUUUAUCACUGGGAAAUGAUCCAGAUCAUCAGUACUUUCAAGUUAUGGUCGCCUUCAACCUCUGGAAGGGAAAUCGAGCGCAAAAGGACGAUUGAAGGUAUUUGUACUCUAGAAUGUUACCGGGUGACAAUUCUCCGUGGUUCGGCCACAUUCAGCGUGCCGCUUCCGAGUGUCUCUAGGGGCACUGAUUAUUUUGCAUCGGCAAAGGGACAAGCGGGCCCAUAUGACGAAGAGCUUAUGGCGCAACUGCAAUGGAUGAUGUCAACCAACCCGACUCUACUACCAGCUGAAGGCAUCAUCGAUCCUACCAAAAUAUAUGGCAUAUGGACAUUAUGCUGUUUAUCGCUAAUUCUACCUUGGGCUGCGAUCAAGAAUACGGUUCGAAAUGAGCAACUAACUUUUGAUUACUCGCGCCGCGGAGAGGUCCUCGAGUCGGCUCUUCACAAAUGGUUCAUAGCUACCAAUAGGCAAACUCCUAUACCCACUCUCAUGCUUUUCCAUAUGAUCUGCCUCAAUCUUCAUGUGAACGUGAUCAAAAUCCAAAAAUUGGUCCAUCAAUAUUGCGGAGAACCGAGGUCCUCGCCCGCAACUACUUCGUCAAAGAGUACUGGCACACUGUCAUCGGCGGAUGUUUUUCCAUCAAGAAUUGAUCGGCGAAAUGCGAUUUGGCAUUCAAAACAAGUCAUCGAAUUGGCUGUCAAAAUGAAGCAGGACAGUUUGAAUGCCAUUUCGACUGAAGAAGGCCCUCACUUCAGCUAUUGUGUUUUCUUCGCGGCCUUGACUCUGUGGUACGCCGAGUGGCAAUACUCACCUUCCGAUUCUGAGGAUGCGAGGCCCCAAAUAUCUAUGCCCAAUGCAACCGCCGCAUUGAAUAUAGCUAUCAAAGUUCUCUCAGCAUCCCCGGUACAGAUCGCGAAGAAGUUUAUCCCUACCCUAGAAUCUCUCGUUUCAGUGGAUUGA